UCUGUAGACCAGACUGGCCUUGAACUCAUAGAGAUCCACCUGCCUCUGUCUCUUGAGUGCUGGGGUUAAAGAUGUGUGCGCCAUCGCUCAGUUAUGGAGGAUGAUUUUUAAAAUAAUAUUUCAUAUAUUGUGCCCCCAAUUUUUUAGGGAUAUAUGUGAAGGCUGCCAGCCAGACUGCCCUUUGCCUGAGAAUGGGGUUGGGGUUUUUAAAAGUGGGAAUUUUUCUUUCAUGUUUUCUCAAAAAUGAAGACAGCCAGGAGUGGUGCAUACCUUUGAUCCUUGCACUCUGGUGGAGGCGGAGGCAGACCUCCGAGUUGCAGCAAACAAAAACACUUAACACCAAAUACAGAUAAGUUUAGAAUUAACACAUAACCACAUCCCAUCUGUUCACUCUUUUUUGACACACAGUAUAUACUUCUGACUGGCCCGGAACUCACUGGUCAAGAACUCAAAGCUAUCCACCUGUCUCUGCCUCCUGAGGGCUGGGAAUAAAGUCAUGGACCACCACACUCAGCAAAGUAGAGAGUUUUGGGGUGGUUCUUCCCCACCAAACCCACCCCCAGACAAGGUUCUUUGUGUAGUCCUGGCUGUCUGGAACUCACUCUAGACCAGGCUGGCCUCGAACUCACAGAGAUCUGCCUGUCUCUGCUGGGAUUAAAGAUGUGCUGCCCCCCCCCCCACCACCUGGGUUUUUUAUUUUUUAUUUUAAGCAAUACAUUAUAAACUGUGGAUAUAUCACCAAGAUUUAACUUUUUUUUUCUGAGUGAAUAGAUUUUAGGUGGUUUAAUUUUAAACAUCCUGAUUUUAUACAGUGUGUAUAAUUGGGGGCAGGGGUAAGUUUCAGAUGAUUCACAAUCUUUCUGAUAGGAGAACUAGUGAGCACAAGUUCAUCAGAUUUACAGUAUUUGAUUAAGAAGCCAAAUUUCUGGAGCUGGCAAGAUGGCUCAGUGAGUAAAGGCACCUGCUGCCAAGCCUGAUGACCUGAGUUCAAUCCUCUGGACACACCACUCCUUUGCUGUGGCAUUUUUGCAUGUGUGUACACUCCAAAUGUCUUCAUGAAGGCACGUGUGCAUACAGAAAGCCCAUACGUGCUGUUUGCUCAUGUGCAGGUUGAUUAGCAGUUUGGGGUGUGAGUGGUCUUCAUAAGCCUUUGGUGGUGUCAGUCCUAAGUAGAAGUCAGACUCUCACCCAUCCGACUUCUCUCGCUUGACAGGCCAAAUGCAACCUGCUAUUUUAAAUCAUUUUAAUCCCAUGCUUGGUUUUCUUUUCUUUUUGUUUAUGUUCUGAACAACCUGAAAUACCCUCUUGACAUAUUUUCAUUGUUCUCCCUGAUCAGAAUAUAUAUUAGGAUAUGAGCUACAAGAAACCCUGUCUCCCCAAACCAGAGAAUGUUGUUGACAGUGUUGGGUGAAGCAGUUUGUAUUUGUACCUAAUGUUUCUAUAAGAGUGUGGCUGUCAGGUUUCCAGAUAUCACCUCCCCUCCCUACUCUGGCUAAGAAGGUGAAGCGAAGCGGUGAACUUGCUGGUGUGGAGCAGUGAGGGUCCCCCACAGAGCUGUUACUGAUGCCAGCAGUCCAGAGACAAGUGUUCCAUCUUUGGUCCUCUAUGUCAUAAUGGACUUGCCCAGAGUUGAUUUCUUCACUGCUUAAAAUGAGACAUUUCUGCCGCCACGGGAAAUUUGCCUGUAAUUCAUUUUCCUCACUGCAGUGUUGAGAGUUACACCAGACUGAAAAGAUAUGAAUGAAUAUCCUAAAAAAAGAAAAAGGAAGACUUUACACCCUUCUCGUUAUUCAGAUUCUUCUGGAAUAAGCAGAAUCACAGAUGGAGUCAGUGGAAUCUUUUCUGAUCAUUGUUACAGUGUCUGCUCCAUGAGACAGCCAGACUUAAAAUACUUUGACAACAAAGAUGAUGAUUCUGAUCCUGAGACAUCAAAUGACUUGCCCAAAUUUACAGAUGGAACUAAGGCCAGAAAUAGGAAUCAGAACUACUUGGUUCCCAGUCCUGUGCUUAGAAUUCUAGACCAGACUGUCUUUUCCACAGAAAAGUCUGCUGAUGUUGAAGUCUGUGAUGAAGAGUGUGACUCACCUGAGUCUGUGCAUCAACAUACUCAAGAGGAGAGCCCUAUAGAGGUUCACACCUCAGAAGACGUCCCAAUUGCUGUAGAAGUUCAUGCGAUUUCUGAAGAUUAUGAUAUAGAGGCAGAGAACAAUUCCUCCGAGAGCCUCCAAGACCAGACUGAUGAAGAACCACCAGCUAAACUCUGCAAAAUACUUGACAAGAGCCAAGCUUUGAAUGUGACUGCCCAACAGAAGUGGCCUUUACUGAGAGCCAACAGCAGUGGCCUCUACAAGUGUGAACUCUGUGAAUUCAACAGUAAGUAUUUUUCUGACCUAAAGCAGCAUAUGAUCCUGAAACACAAGCGCACUGACUCAAAUGUAUGUCGAGUGUGCAAGGAAAGCUUUUCCACCAAUAUGCUUCUCAUUGAGCAUGCCAAACUUCACGAAGAAGACCCCUACAUCUGUAAGUACUGUGACUAUAAGACAGUGAUCUUUGAGAACCUCAGCCAGCACAUUGCAGACACCCACUUCAGCGACCACCUUUAUUGGUGUGAGCAGUGUGAUGUGCAGUUCUCCUCGAGCAGUGAGCUCUACCUGCACUUCCAGGAGCACAGCCGCGAUGAGCAGUACCUAUGCCAGUUCUGUGAGCACGAGACAGGGGACCCUGAGGACCUGCACAGCCACGUGGUCAAUGAGCACGCUCGAAGACUGAUCGAGCUGAGUGACAAGUGUAGCGGUGGUGGGCAUGGGCAGUGCAGCCUUCUAAGCAAGAUCACCUUUGACAAAUGCAAAAACUUCUUUGUGUGUCAAGUCUGUGGAUUCCGGAGCAGACUUCACACAAAUGUCAACAGACACGUUGCUAUCGAGCAUACUAAAAUAUUCCCUCAUGUUUGUGAUGACUGUGGGAAGGGCUUUUCCAGCAUGUUAGAAUAUUGCAAGCAUUUAAAUUCACAUUUAUCUGAAGGGAUUUAUUUAUGCCAAUAUUGUGAAUAUUCAACAGGACAAAUUGAAGAUCUUAAAAUUCAUCUUGAUUUCAAGCAUUCAGUUGACUUGCCUCAUAAAUGCAGUGACUGCUUGAUGAGGUUUGGGAAUGAAAGGGAAUUAAUCAGUCACCUUCCAGUCCACGAGACUACCUGACUGUUAUCUUUACAUAAUGUUUAAGUAAAAUAAUAAAUUCUUUUUUAAUGUUAAA